UUAUGUAUUACAGAUGCCUGAUGAUUUCCUGGUUACUGAAAUAUUUUGAAUGCUGAGCUUGCCUUUCUAACAAUGAACAUUUCAAAAUCAUUGGCGUUGGCUGGGAUUGGUAUAUUUUCCAACACUACCUGUACCACAGAAAACAAGAUCUCUGUGUUUUUUUCUGUUAUCUUCAUGACAGUGGGGAUUUUAUCCAACAGUCUCGCAAUAGCAAUUCUCAUGAAGGCAUAUCAGAGAUUUAGACAGAAAUCAAAAGCAUCAUUUUUGCUUUUUGCCAGUGGCUUGGUUAUUACAGACCUGUUGGGACAUCUUAUCACUGGAACCAUAGCAGUAUUUGUAUAUGCAUCUGACAAAGAUUGGAUUCGAUUUAAUCAGUCAAAUGUUCUCUGCAGUGUUUUUGGCAUAUGUAUGGUGUUCUUCGGACUAUGCCCCCUUUUUCUAGGCAGUGUGAUGGCUGUUGAACGCUGCAUUGGAGUCACCAAGCCGAUAUUUCAUUCAACAAAAAUGACUUCUAAACAUGUAAAAAUCCUGUUGACUAUGGUAUGUCUUUUUUCCAUUUUCAUAGCUUUGCUGCCUAUAUUUAGGUUAAGAGCCUAUGAAAUCCAGGCAUCAAGAACCUGGUGCUUCUAUAAAACUGAGCACAUUCAAGACUGGGAAGACAGAUUUUACCUCUUACUUUUUUCAUGUUUGGGUUUAUUGGCCCUUGGCAUUUCAUUCUUGUGCAAUGCUGUGACAGGAAUUACACUUUUAAGAGUCAAAUUUAAAAGUCAACAUAGACAAGGCAGAUCUCAUCAUUUUGAAAUGAUCAUUCAGCUCUUGGCUAUAAUGUGUGUCUCUUGUAUUUGCUGGAGCCCGUUCCUGGUGACCAUGGCCAAUAUUGGAAUAUAUGAAAAUCAUUCUGGAGAAUCAUGUGAAACAAUACUUUUCGCUCUCCGAAUGGCAACAUGGAAUCAAAUUUUAGAUCCAUGGGUAUACAUUCUUCUAAGAAAAGCUGUUCUUAAAAAACUCUAUAAGAUUGCAAGGAGAUUUUGUGGAGCACACCUCAUUAAUUUGCACACAUGGGAACUUAGUUCCAUUAAAAAUUCUUUAAAAGUAGCAGCAAUUUCUGAUUCACCCGUUCAUUCCAAGCUAACAAACCAGCAGCUGCUCAAUUCAACAAUGCAAUAAAGUGAAACAUGGAGAAUGAUGAAAUGAUGGGAUAAUGGUUGUUAAGCACCUCAAAAUUUGGUAGGGUCUGAGUGGGCUGGGAUUUUUUUGAAAUAAAUAUCUUGCUCCAUUUCAGGACAUGUAUCAAUCUGUAGCUGCUAUUCAAAGAUAUUUGCCGUCCAAAUAUACUUGUAAAGAAUGUUCUUUAUGUAACCAGCCCAUCUGGUGCCAAAGAGUAUAGGAUUCUGUAUAACAGAAUAUAAAUACAUAUUAAUAAAUUGCUGUACUUAAGCAGUGUCAAGUAUAAAAAGUUCUGUUAAAAAACAGAUGAUAAACAUAUAAGGUGAUAUUGGCAGCUGUGGAAACACUUUUGAAUCAAAUAAUCGCUUUCAGUGGGGUUGGAUGGGUAGUAAAAGAACAUAAAGCAAAAUCUACCCCACGUUAAGCACUUUAUAGUCCCAUUGAUUAGUGGCUAACAUUCCCCUUAAAACAAAUGGAGCUGCUAAGUGUUCAACUUUGGUUGGAUCAGGUUAUACAUAUAUACACAUUUGUGACAGAUUUUAAGGGAUAUGGAGCUCCAAGCACCAUAAGCUCCUGAGAACGAAGACUUGGUUCAACUUCAGAUGUACCGGAAGAAUUACUUUACCUUGUAGUGGAUUAAGCCUGACAGACUUCAAUGCUAGACUCAAGAAACAAAUUAUGAAAUAUCUUACUGCUGAAAGUGACAAUGAAUUUAUGUAAUGUGUGUUAACUUUUACCUCGUCUUGCUAUUAUAAUGUUUUCACUCUCUUUUGCAAAUGUGGCAGCCAUAUCUGUCAAGUGUGAGUUGCAAAAAAUAUAGAAGGCUUCUUUCUUUGCAUAUUGUAAGUUGGACUUCUCAACAUCACAAUUUAAAAGUAAAUGUAUAUGCACAGGAAAUAGGAGUUAAAAAUAAACCUACAGGAGUCAGUAAAAUACAAUAAAUUGUUGUGAUCUGGGGAUUCU